AGGGAUAAAUAAGUAGUGAUGAUAUAAAUAAAUAAAUAAAUAAAUAAGAUAGGAAGAAGCAACGUUGGUAACGCAGUACGGUGUUUUGUGUAAUCCACAGUUAACGUGUCUGGCGGCAAUACUGUCAGGAGGAACACACAAAUCUGUUGCUUAUCAUACACACACACACUACCUUUCUUUCUCUGUCCUUUUCAGCAACCCAAUUUCCGUUUCAUCCCAAAAAUCACAAAUCAACAACACAACAACACCAACAACCUUCGAUUCCAUUUCUCUCUCUCCCUCAGUGGCAAAGUUGUAAAAAUGGACCGAAAACAAGGCUUCUUUUCAUCUCUAAAAGAAGAAGUAGUAAGAGGACUCUCACCGGCCAAAUCCCGUUCCAAAAGUCCGGCCAGAACUCCUUCUCCGAUGACAGGACUUCUCCGUCGCCGGAGAAAAAACCAAGGUCCACCACCAGAACUUUUCAUGACGAGAUCGGGUAGUUUAAGACCGGUUGAAGCUUUAUCACCGUUAAAAGAAGGUCCUGAUGGAACCGACGGUGAAGAUGUUGUUAACAGAGGUGAAGGUAAAUGGGGUCAUUGGAUGAGAGCACCUUCUGUUUCAUCUUCUUCAUCAUCAUCUUCAUCUUCUUCAGCAUGCAAGAAAUCUGAUCUCAGAUUGCUUCUUGGUGUUUUGGGUGCUCCUCUUGCACCUGUUCAUGUUUGUACUACUGAUCCUUUUCCUCAUCUUAGCAUCAAAGAUAUUCCCAUUGAAACUUCUUCUGCUCAGUACAUAUUGCAGCAGUACAUUGCUGCAUCAGGUGGUUUGAAGCUUCAAAAUUCCAUUAACAAUGCUUAUGCGAUGGGAAAAGUGAGGAUGAUAGCCUCUGAGUUCGAGACUGCUAAGAAAGUCACGCGUAACCGGAAUUCCUCCAAAGCUGCAGAAUCUGGUGGAUUUGUUUUGUGGCAGAUGAAUCCGGAUAUGUGGUAUGUGGAGCUUGCUAUUGGAGGCAGUAAGGUUCAUGCUGGUUGCAAUGGGAAGCUCGUGUGGAGGCACACACCUUGGCUUGGUGCACAUGCCGCAAAAGGGCCUGUGAGGCCUCUUCGGCGUGCGCUUCAGGGUCUUGAUCCAAAAACAACUGCUAGCAUGUUUAUCAAUGCAAGAUGCAUUGGGGAGAAGAAGAUAAAUGAAGAGGAUUGUUUCAUCCUCAAGCUUUGUGCAGAUCCAUCAACAUUAAAAGCUAGAAGUGAAGGUCCAGCAGAGAUCAUAAGGCAUGUUUUGUUCGGAUACUUUAGUCAGAAAACAGGACUUCUUGUUCACUUGGAAGAUUCCCAUUUGACCCGCAUUCAGAACAAUGGAGGCGAUGCAGUUUAUUGGGAGACCACGAUAAAUUCAUUUCUCGACGACUAUAAACCUGUUGAAGGGAUUAUGAUUGCUCACUCGGGUCGAUCUGUAGUGACACUUUUCAGGUUCGGGGAAACAGCAAUGAGCCACACUAAAACCAGGAUGGAAGAAGCAUGGACAAUUGAGGAGGUGGCAUUCAACGUUCCCGGCCUUUCCAUAGACUGUUUCAUUCCUCCAUCGGAGCUUCGGUUUGCUUCUAUUAGUGAAGCCUCCGAGCUUCCACAUGGUCAGAGGGUGAAGAGUAAGACCUCUGUGGCUACAGCUGCAUACCACGCCAAAGUCGCACACUUACAAAAAUCACACGAAAGCAAUACAAAUAACCUUAACUGGACAGUGGAUGUUUAGCAAAGACGGAGUUUCAGAAUUAGCCUAAUUGUUGUAACUUUAAUACUUUCAGUUCGUCAAAUGACAAACUACUGAGGUAAAAUGGUAAAGAUUAUUGCGGCAGGGUUCAUCAAAAUUUGUAAAUAGAACUGAUCAGUCACAGAUUCUGAAAAGUGAUUUCCAUUACUCUAGGCUUUUUUUGUGCAUGAUUAUGCUUAUGUACAUCAAGGUAUCAAGGUUUGUUUUUUCCACUUCUUUAACUUUUAGUGAUAAAUUGGGAAUCUACUAUAAGCUAUAAUUAAUGUAGGUGUUUCUUAAUUUCACAUGUGAAAGCAUUCUACCAUGAUGCUUGAAGAUCAGUUAUAACCUAGAUUUCUUGAGUUUCAAGGCACACUUAAUAUUUAUCUUGCUGGUGGUGGUAAUUCAAGGAAAAUUCUCCAUCUUUGAGGAAACUAUUGAAGGUUAUUUUAAUGUAUUUAAUGCUAGUUUUUAUUUUGAAUUGUAAACCAAGUAACCUAGAUUAAGCAGAA